AUGCCUCCCUUCAGGUCCAAGGAUUUUUGGCAGAAAUUCGACCGCAACAUUUUGAUGUUAGACCUUCUCAAACGGAAGUUACAAAAUGAUGCAACCAUCAUUGAAGUUGCUCAACCUUUCAGUCGGACGAUGCGGGAUGGCGAGUUACUGGCCAUUGAGUUCAUAUCUCACCUUGCAGGCUUCUGCCAGGAAUUAGUAGACUGGUAUGACGAGCCAAGACUGUGUAGGCUGGAUCGCAAACAACUCCAGGCACUUUUCAGAGUCAUCAAGUCGGUUAAAACAGCAGUGGAAGACUCUAAAGAUGACAUCAUCUGUCAAACUACGUUGGGCCAAGAUCCGGUGGCGUAUUACGAAUUUUAUCGCUCAGACAUUGACGGGUACUUCUCAAGAUUUCAGAAAACGAUUCAAGGGGAAUUGCAACGACGUACGCCAACAACUUCUAGAGAAGAUGCUCCUGAUGACAUUGUGCAAGGCAGCAGUACUAGGCAGACUCACACAAGUGAACCAGUGGAUCGCAAACCAAGCCCUCAACUCUUCUCCGACUCAGAUUCAGACACUAGUGAGAGUGACGACAGCGACCAUCCAUUUCGAAAGGUACCAAAGAAGCCGGUGGUAAUUCAGCACGACAACAAGGAAGAGAAACCUCAAAUUGUUUCCUCCAAAGAAACCAGCCCAGAAGCCUCGAUUGACGCACAAUCCGAAUUGCCAGAUGAUAAUAACGGGACCCCGGCCAAGACCAGACCACUUUCGUCACCACCAAUCAAGCCUGAAUCUGAACCGGAAACUGAGCACACCACCAUCUCGAUCGAACAAAAGAAGGCAGAACUAAUCAACACUCAUGAGCUUAACUCAAAUGUGUUGGGUGAUUUAUGGAUCAGCCAUCAAGUCUUGAAGUCCAACCAAUUCACAAUCACAGGAAGAAUGAUUGAAUACACAUUCCGACUGACCGACACAAAAAAGUUCAGUUACCCCCGUUUUGACAGUCUUCCAAGUUCUCUGCCGUCGACAAUGGAUGAAGAUGAAAGGAAAGCUUUGCCGGUGGAGAUUGUUAUCAUUGUUGAAAUCGAACUUCUCAGCACUCAAACCACCGAAAACCCCUUCCAAUUUCUCAACUUCACCUUCAAUUCUCAAGAUGUCUCUGUUCUCAAAUCACAUCAGGAUGGAUCCAAACUCAAGAUGAUCUUACCUGUUCAUCCUGAACACUUGAAAGUUGGAGUUAACAAGAUCAAAAUGAAACAGUCAAAGGAGAUGAGACCUCAGAAGACAACCAAAGGACGAUUAUCGGUUGAGGUGAUCACGAUGUUAUCAGAGAAGGAAGUCUUUGAACAAUCAAUUUGUGGGAACUGCUCCAAUCAUCGGACGACUUCUCUCUACGAAUCGAGUUCUUCAAAAAGUCUACUUGACCCAAUCAGUGGGCAGAUGGUUCGAUGUCCGGUCAGAAGUGGCCAAUGUCAGCAUUGGGAAUGCUUUGAUUUGAAGAAUAUCAUCCAACAAAGUCGAUUCAAAUCCUCCUGGACCUGCCCCUUCGAGACCUGCAAGAUGAUUUUCAAACCGAUUGAAUUGGAGUUUGAUCCAUUUGUGUUGGAAAACAUUGAACAAAUCAGUUAA